CAGCUUCUAAAAUUCCAACAUGGACGAAUAAAACACGAAAAAUCGCGUCCUUGUUGAAAUAUUUUGGAAAUAACAGGUUUGAUACUGAAUUUAUCAGAUUCCAUGGAAUCUUUGACAGGAAAAUCUUUGUGUGUGUUUUUUUAUUUUGUUGAUGUAUCAUGGAAACAAGAUGGAGGUGGAAACUACUACACUAAACCAGAACUCUAAGAAGCCUCCAACAGAAACAAGUACACCUGCCCCCCACAAAGGGAAAAAAAAGCGUAGUGCAAUAUCAAAGAUAACAGAGAAAAGACGCAACAAUGAAAGUGGAAGUGAAUUUGGUUCUACAUAUUCACUUCAAUCAAAUGCAAGUAGAUUAACAGAAACCAAAGAAAGAGAAGUCAAUAAAACAGAACUAAACUACAAUGGUAAUAAGGAUCUCAAUAAAAGCCAAAAUGCUAAGGCAGCAGUGGAAAAAGUAGCUGCAAGUGUAAAAGAUUCUGAUUAUCAUAUUUCUGGGAACAAAGACAGUGUCAAAAUCACUCCAAAACCCAAACCAAGGGAUAAAAAAUUUGAGAGUGUGUUACGACCAGAGGAGUUAUCUCCUCCUCCUAUGGACAUUGAUUCUGACAGUGAUGAUGAUAAACAUGAUGGCAUUAGUAGGAAAGCACCUUCUGAUGCCACAAUUCAUCGUUUUAGGGCCUUGAAGAUGGCAACAAAUGAGAGAACCAAUUCAGUUGAAUCCUUAAGAAAUAGUCCUUUUACACCAAAACCGCCAUCUACACCUCGUUCCGAGCAAAAAAGUAACUCAAACAAAGCAACAUCUCCGCCUGAAAGUGAUAAAAAGGUGAGACAAAAGAGUGUCAAACAGAAAGGUGAGAAAAGAUUUCGCGAUCCAAACUCUUCUGGUGAGGAACCAGAGGUGGGAGCGAAAUCCAAAAAGCAAUCUUGUUCACAAACAGAUCUCAAAAGAAUGGAUGAUGUGCAACAGAUCAGUGAUACUAAUCCUUCAUCAAGAGGUGACCAAAAUGCAACAAUAGAUUCAGAAACAGACAACAAUAGGUAUCAGAAUAUUUUGACUGGUGAUUCUCUUCCACAUAAAACUGGACGAUUAGCACCAAUUACAUCGAAGAAUCACCCCCCACCUUUAACUGAAGAUAUUUCUUCACAUGCACUGAAAACUGCCUACAAGACUGACUCAUCUUAUACACUUAAUAAAUACCUUGAGAGUGUGCCGACUGCUGGGUCACCGAGAGUUCCAGGUAGCCCCCUUCAAAAACCUCCAAUUCAUCCACCAUUUGACACGAUGUCCCAACGAUCUAUGUCGUCAUCAGGAAUUCUCCACCAAAUCCCUAUAACAGAGGCUCGAGCAAGAACGGGGAGUGGCAAUGCAAGUGUCUCCUCCAGUUUGUUGGGUGCCUCUGAACUUGAUCGAUACCUUCAAGACAGACGGAUCAAGGUGUGGAUAGGGAGCUGGAACAUGGGUGAAAUUAAGGAAUUCAAGGCUAGUCUACAGGAUUUCCUACUGCCAGAAGCCAGUGACUUUGUACAGGACCUCUAUGCAAUAGGAACACAGGAAAACAACAUGAACAAGAAGGAAUGGGAGGUGAUCAUACAGACAACACUUGGUACCUCUCAUGUACUCUUCUACUCUGCCACGCAUGGCUCAUUGCAUCUUGCCAUCUUCAUACGCAGGGAUCUCAUCUGGUUUUGCUCAGAAGCUGAAGAAGACCAGGUAACAACAAGGGCCGUUACCAUGGUAAAGACCAAGGGUGCUGUUGCUGUCGCAUUUUCAUUCUUCGGAACUUCAUUUCUCUUUAUCAAUUCACAUUUUGCAUCUAACCGGUCAAAUCAGACAUCUACUGAUUCAGGAAAGCUAAAAGAAAGAAUUAAUGAUUUUCAAAAAAUCAACAGCUCAUUGAAAUUGCCAAAGACAGCAUCUGGGUCACAGACAAAUGUACAAGGACCUGCCAGUUCAAAGUUUGAUUCAGUUUUCUGGUUUGGGGAUUUAAAUUUCCGCCUGGAGAAAGGCCGACAUACUGUGGAGGAUCUUGUACAUGCUAUUGUGGAACAGGAACACCCAAAUUUCGAAGACCUCCUCCUGGGGGAUGAGUUAGCACACUGUAUAUACCAAGACAAAGCAUUCCAAGGAUUUACUGAGGGAAGAAUAAACUUCAAACCAACAUACAAAUUUGACCUGAACUCGGAGGCUUACGACACAUCCCCAAAGUUCAGGAUACCUUCAUAUACAGACCGAAUACUGUACCAUUCGAAAAAAAAGAACCAGAUAAACUGUGUGCAUUAUGAUGCGGUGAUGAACAUCCGGGUAUCAGAUCACCGACCUGUAUAUGGAGUUUUUGAGGCUGCUGUUAAGCCUGGAACAGAAAGCACACAGCUUGCCAAUGGGAAAUUUGACCGAGAUGUCUAUGUGGCAGCCCAAAAACGCAGAGCACUCAUUACACCAGCUCCUGCUCCUCAGCCCUCCCAGAAAUCUAGUGGUGUGUGUUCUAUACAGUAAUGGCGAGACUCAUCACAUUGCUCCUGAUUCUCAGUACAAUUAUACAUACAAAAUGUGCUCAAUACAACAAAGACGAGCCCUAAUCCUGCCAGCUAUAUCUCUGCUCUACCAGAAGUCUGGUGGUUAGUGCUCAAUACAGUAAGGAUGAGCCCUCGUCGAUUGUUCCAGAAGUAUGAUGGCCUGGGCUUAGGAUAGAAAAAAUGUCAUCAUCAUUUCAGCUGUGUCUGAGCUCUCUCAGAGGUCUAAUGUUUUGUGUUAAGAACAUUCUUUAAAUGGUGAGCCUAUAAUGCAUUAGGUCCUCACGAUCAGUUCAGAAGUGGUAUUUGUUCAAAACUGAGCCCUCAUCACACCAGCUGUAUCUCAGCCUUCCCAGAAGUCUAGUGGUGUGUGUACUCAAUACAGUGUGGAGAACCACAUUCAAAUGAUGUAAAAUGAAUCGGUGUAUCUGUACGUCAGUAGAAUAUAACAUUAACAAAAUGUUAGUCAAAUCCACACUGAAACAUGAAAAGUUACCAUACUGAUUUUAGCUUGUUAGAAAAUUUUAAUUAGCUUCAACAGGCAGCUGAAAAUGAACUAUGUUGUGAGAAAAGAGCCAAGACUCUAGAUGCUGUUGAAUAUUUUGUUUGAAUCCUCAUCCUUAUAAACUGAUGAUCUGGAAAUCAAGGGAAUGGACUGUAUAACUACUUCUGGAUGUUGAGAGAUUUUUUUUAUUUGCUGAAUAAUAAACAGAUUAUUUUAGUGGAAUUUUUGUCCUCAUAUACCUAGCUAUAGCUAGUAUCAACCAAGUGAUUCUAAUUUAAGAAAAAGCUGCUUUAAACAGUCUAAUUUCGGGGGUUACCAUUGCAAUAUCAUUUGUUUCCAUUUAGAAAGGAGAUAACUGAAAGUGAUAUUUUUGUGUAUGUAAAUUGUUUGUAGUAAACAAUGUAUGUCUAUGUAUUAUGGUCAUCACCAAGUCAGUUUAUCACUGUUAAUAUGGAACUAAAAACAGUUUACCCUGUACAAUAUUUGAGUGGAAAACCAGCUAUUGAUAAAAUUCUAUAAAGGAUAAGAUGAAUUAUUUUAUCCUCAUUGUAAUCCUAGGCCCCAGGUAUUAUUAACAAGCAUACAGCUAGUUUGUUGUAUUUGUCACUGUUCAUGUAAGUAGAGAAAAUAUGAGUUUAUGACUUAGUGCUGACUAGGUAUAUAUACGUACUGAAGAAUUUUAAGUGUUAUGCGUUGUGUUAUUGGUGCUAUUUUUUCCAUUAUUGUAAGAACAAUGUACGUGUAUCUCAAUUAGCUGAGCAUUUAUUGACCAGAAAGACAUUUUCUGUGUUGAUGGGUUGUUUAAGAUUGUAACAAUAAUCUUUAAUGUGACAAGUAACUGUAUAAUUGUUAAUUUUGAAGUCAAAUAUUAUGAUUUAUUGAUUCUUAAAUGAUAUUAUUGUUGCAAUAGAUGUUUAAUGUGAAAUUCUAGAAAAUGCAUUUUCACUUAAAAGUCUUCAACAUGUUUGGUUUAACAUUGUAAAGAAGACAAAAAUCUGUGCACUUUAUAUUUGUGCAGUAUUAUAUUUUUGUCUCUCCAAGACAGGUUGUUAUAUUUUUUAAUGAUUGUGGUUUUCAAUUACAGAAGGGACUUAACAUUAACUAUUUUCAACAGUAUACAGUCAUUCAAAUUCCUGUUCACAGUCACUGAUAAACACAUGCUCUUUCCCUAGAGUUAUGUCCAUUAUAAACAUAAUUUAAUGGAAACUUUUAAAACUCAUUAUCCCAAGACACACAAAGUAGUCUCUAUUGGUCUUGUGGCUGGAAUACCUUACCGAAAAAAUGUCUCUAGUGUUGUAAUGCAUACAUAAAUUACAUGUGUCUUUAUAAUUUACAAACAUGUGAAACACUGAUACCCAGUAUUACUGUGAUAAAACAGAAUACAGGUUAUAAUCAAAAUAACUAGAGAUGGUUACAAACAUUGUCCAUGAUAUAACUAUAGAUUAACAGUACAUUAUGUACCACAUACCAAAGUAUUAUUACAUAUUAGUCUACAGUACAUAUUAUAAAAGUAUGCCAAAUAAUUUUAAAAUAUUUCUAUAACUUUGAAACCUUGUGACAGUAAGUGUUGUGAUGUUUAGUGCUAAGUUGCAUUUUAUUAAACUGAAUAAUUUAUAUUUCUAGUUUCUUUUUACUUAGUGUUGGUGAAAUGAUUUUACAUUUUUUUAAAGUGGCAUUCUCUGUAAAAUUUAAGCAAUGUGUGUUUUAAGGGGGGAAAAUGUUUUCUUGAGGAUAUAAUUUGUAUCAGCAUGGAAGAAGAAUUUCAAAUACUGCAAUCUAAACUCAUCAUGAAAUUGGUUUAAUCAAUAUGUCAGAAGUUUAGCACAUGUAUUUGUCAGCUAUGUAUUUUAACAAGUUUUCAAGUUUUCCUGUAUGUUGAUACCGUUACUACUCCUAUAACAUAAGAGGCCGCUGGUCGGCUCUUUUUUUAUCAGAUAUAUGAUUUUGCCGGUUACACAGCGCCUGUCAAAAAUAGCUGGCCGUGUAAAACCUCUAACAUUGUUGGAGUAAUACGGUUACUAGGUAUGCUAUGAUUGUGUUUUUAUUUCUUCUCAUAGUGUUUCUGUCUUCCUUCAGUAGAGAGUUAAUUCAAAGGUAUGACUAAAAUAUCACUUUUCCAUUAUUAACAGGAUAUGUUGGCUUAGUGGGAAGACACCUAUGUAUUGUACAUGUAUUAUUGCUGUGUUUGGUAUGCCAGGUACAUCAAGUGAGAACAACACUAAAUUGGACAAAAGUAAUCGACAAUUAGUAAUUCAAUCAUCCAUUUUUGAAUGAAAAACAUGAAAUGGUUGAUAUGGACCUUCCUUGAGAAGUUAUUCAAAUUGAAUUGAUAUUUUUCAAGACUUUUCAGGUGAAAAUAAUGGUUGAUUUUGAGAAAUUGGUGAUCAAGUAUUCAGAAUUGUAUGUAUACUCCUGUAAUAAUGUCUGAUUGACAUGUUAUUUGACGUUUAAAAAUAAAGUAAAAGACACAAAUUAAAUUGUGUAUGUGAAAUUUGAAAAUGUUAAAGCAAUUAAUCUCAUUUUGUGUAAGUUACUCGAGAUUACUUUUUAGUAUACAUUUGCUUACAGUAUAUGAUUUAUGUAAUAGUUGUUCAUGUUGUAUUUUCGUCGUGUAACCAUCUUCCAUUUUUUAUGUUCUGAUAAAAUUGUUCCUUCAACUACAUCAAAAUACUACAUUAGAAAAUGGCAUAUUAUACUGAUGUAUAAUUGAAUUGUUACUUUCUUUCUGUUUUUCUCAUUUUGUGUAAAAGAAUAAAUAGUUGUAUGUAUAUUGUAUAGAGAUAUAAAAUAGUAAACCACAUAAUAAAUAGCCUUAUUAUGUAGUAGAUCGUGUAUUAAACAACUUUUAUUUAUUUAUUCUUUUUAUAAAUUAUUUCAAACUGCAUAUUUUCACAAAUGAUUUUUCUGUGGAAGUGAUAUUUUUUUGUUCUUUUAGCUACAAAAAUGUAUAAACUUUAAAAUGAACUUGUCUUUGGAAUUCACUUGCAUUAGUAAUUUUCAUAAUGGUGUACUUAAAGCUAUUUAGUAUCAUCUUAAAUUGUUUUUCUUUAUUCUUUAAACAAAAGUAUAAUCUGCAUUCUGUUUUCUAGUCAAAAAUAAUAGCUGUAAAUUCAGUGAUUGGAUAAUCAAAUAUUUAGUCUCCAUGCUGUGGUGAUAUAAUACAUCCAUUCCAUUAUUUUCACUUUUCUAAGUAUUUCAUAGAGAGGGCAGUUUAUCUGCCAUGGAGUCCUUGCUCCUAUAAAUGAGUAGGAUUUCAAGUUAAAUGGGCAGAAUCUCAAAUAUAUAUUAGAUCUUGUAACACAGAUGCAUUUAAAACACAAAAUCAGUUUUUCAUGUUCAAUUAUUAUACCGUAAUACUCCUCUGCACAAAACUGAUGGGAUGUAUGUCAUCCCAUAACUUAUCCAUAUUUACUAAAUGUGGCAUAUAUAAAUACAUAACAAUCUAAUAUGCCUCCUCAGCUACAUUUAGCAUGCCGAAUAGUUUAAUAUUUAAUUCUAUUAACAUUUUCUAAUAUCAGUAAUUAUCAUGUUUACUGUUAACUUUAGUACUUGUCAAUAUUUUCAAGUCAUUAAAAUAUUAUAUUAUUAUAUCAUUAUAAUAAAGUUUAACCUGUCAAAUUGAUUUUUGAAAAUAUUAUUUUAAUUUUUGAGAAAUGAAAUACAAUGUACAUGUACUGUAAAUUUACUCUGACAUUUUCAGUUAUAGUUUUAAUGUUGCAUGGUUUGUAGAUUUUGAUAAAUAUCAUCAAGAAGAACUAGUGAAAUUGAUUGUUGAGACAUAUUCUGUUAAGUAUGAUUUCAGUUAUAAUUGGUUGGGGCUGGAUUUUGCAAGAAACAUAUCAUUUAAAAACUACUCUAUGUUUAGUAACAUCUCCUGACUAAUUAAGUCGGAUAUCUGUUCAUUGAUUUUAAAACUGUUUAUGGUAAGUUUUGAUCAGUUCAUCAAGUAAAUACUACACAUAUUGUUUUUAAUAAUCACAUAACUUUUUAUGCAAGAAAUUGUGUGAUUUUUAUUGUGAAUAUUAUGACUUUGAUGUUAACUGCUUAAUAGCAGGUCACAUGAUGUGUGAUGAUAAAUCAGUUUUAAGAGUACAGAGAGGUAAAAUAAACUACACAAUAUGUGUAAAUCUAAAAUUGUUAUGUUGAUUUACAGACUAACAGAAAAUAAAAUUUCAAAAACUUCA